CCACAGAACCCGCCACGACCGCUGGUAUGGCUGAUCUUCGGCGCGACGGGCCACAUGGGCCGCUCGCUGGUCAAAACCGCGCUGAGCCGCGAUGACCUAGUCGCAGCGGUGGGCCGGACAUUUGAGAACAGCCCGGAGAGCAUGCGCGAGCUGGAAGCAGGCCACGAGAACUGCAUGGGCCUGCUGUGCGACGUGCGGGCGCGCGAGACGGUCAAGCAGGUGAUCCAGCGGACGAUCGCGCGCUUCGGCCGCAUCGACAUCAUCGCCAACUGCUCCGGGUAUGGCGUGAUUGGCGCGUGCGAGGACCAGGACGAGUACGACAUCCGCGACCAGUUCGAGACCAAUUUCACCGGCACCCUCAACAUCAUCCAGCUCUCGCUGCCGCAUUUCCGCGAGCGCCGCGCCGGCCGCUACCUUAUUUUCAGCUCGACGUCUGGCGCGUUGGGCGUGCCUGGCCUCGGGCCCUACUGCGCCUCGAAGUACGCUGUCGAGGGACUGAUGGAGAGCAUGCUCUAUGAGGUGGAUCAUUUCAAUAUCAAGACUACCCUCGUCGAGCCUGGCCAUAUGCGACGUGACGAUACCAGUGAUCUUGUCUACGAUGGCAGUACGCCCAGGAAUAAUUCCUCUGGUGGGAACGGAGCCGGCGGUGGCGGGGUGAAUGGGAAUGGGAAUGAACAUAAUCUGGCGUCUCCGCUGCCACUGUAUGGGCAUUUCUUGGUCAAACCGCCCAGCGAGCCGUACAAUGUCUCCACCUCGCCGGCGGCGCAUGCGAAGCGCAUGUUGAUGUGGCUCGGGGAUAAGCAGCCGGCGAGCGCGGUCAAGGCGGCGCAUCUGGUCUGGCAGCUUGGACAUUGCUCGUACCCGCCCUUGAGAUUGGUUCUCGGAACGUAUGCCGUGGAGAGUAUCAGGGAUCGUCUGAAGUGCAUCAUCGAGGAGAUCGAGGAUUGGAAGUAUUUGAGUUUUCCCUCCGCUUCGGCUUCGGCAGGGGAACAGCAACAGCAGCAACAGCAGGGGGCAGUGGCAUCUGGGGCUAAGGAGAGGGGUAGCAGAGACGGAGAUGGGAAUGACAAUGGACAUGAGAAUGAGGAUAUCGAUAUGAGGUGACAAUGGUUCUUAUGAUCUACUUUGUUAUUACCACGUGUGAUUCCACUCCUACGGCGCCGUCAGUGCGCUCCCCUUUCGACGAGACCACGUUCCAGCUACAUGAUGGGUGGUUAUACAAUACGGGCAGAUGCUUUGAUCCAUUCUCACUGCAGUUUGAGAACCGACGGAGGUGGCCCCCAUGCUUCGUGGGGGCUCAUUUCACUGGCUUGAUUUUCAUCCCACUUACCGCGAGGGGAGUAGACAUACUCAAUACUGUCAGUAACGUCGCGCAGACCAGGGUAUCUGAACGUUACGUCGAAAACGGUCCAAACAAGA